UAAUUAUUCGAUCGACUCUCACAGUCCAAUCCUGCAAUUAUUUUCACUCUGAGAUAAAUCAUUACGAUGCGGGAUGUCUCGGUCAACAUCACAAGCCUCCUCCGCAACGACAACUACCUCCGCGCAAGCACCAGCGCGCAGCUUGUCGGUCAAAACAAACAACAAACCACCCCCGAUCAGCAAUCCGCUCCCGCCAUCAGACACUAGAGUCUUUGUGACCAACCUCAGGCUACUGGACUUGGACUUACUACCGGACUGGCCAAAUAUCAGUGUACAAACAUUCUCUUCCAAGGCUGCAGACCAGAAACAAAGAAUUGGCGGUGUAGAAUGGGCGCUGUUCCGCCUGUUCGAAAUAUGGGAUCAUGAUGAGACCAGUCAGAAGCUCCAGCCGUUCUUCCCUCCUCUCGAACCUCUCCAAUCGCUGAACCUCCGCGCCGCUUUGUAUCGAUGCCUCAACGAGUUGAAAAAGAAUGGGAUCUUGAGCAGAGACGCCGUGCUCCGCAAGACGAUGCUAGACGAAUGUAAGGGCGAGAAGUUCUUCGAGCUAUUGGCUAGUUUCUCAACUACCGUCUUGAAGAAGGUUCUGGCAGCCCAACCCGCUGAAAGUACAACGGCCUCCGUUGCUCGUCAGUAUUCUACAGCUGCUGCACUCUCGUUGGACUCGCAGGCAUCUCUGUUACCGCUCGCAAUUGCACAUAAAGGGGCGCUGAGAAACAUUUUGAAGCGAAAGGAUGAGAAACGGAAACGCUACGCGGAGUUCGAGAGUGUUCUGAAUGCGAAGGCAAAAGAUUUCAACGCCAGGAUAAAACAUUCCAAGGCAACCCCUCGAUCUUCGAGACCGCUGGUCCCAGAAAAUGAGGCUGCCGCCAUAAAGAAACAUCUCUACGACAAUUGGGUUGGCGAUCGUAAAUGGAUUGAUGCUAUGCUGCAUGGAGACAACGCGCAGGCGGAAGAUGCCUUUUUGAAGCGCAGGUUUGAAAGCGUAUGGAGGAUUGUCGAGGCUGGACGCAAGCCGGAAGAAGCUCUACCUGAGGCAGGUCUCUUGGAAAAUCUUCAGUCGAGGGUCCAAGAGCAGCAGAGCAGGUUGCAAAAGUGGCAGCAAUUUCACGACCGACUGCGAAACGAUACAGCCGAACUGUCCUCAACUGCCUCAAAAUCUCGAACGACUGCAACAGAGUUCAGGUUUGAAGAUCAUUUGCAAUUCCAGGUUCGAAAUCGUAGGGACAACCACAAAGUACCAGUAAAUGCUCCCAAGUUGCGUCCAGAGUAUGCGGACAUCAUUUCAGAGCUACACGACGGGCUUGAACAGAUCUCCCAAACGAAAACAACUCGACAAAGUACUACACGCUCGCAGACGCAACAGAGCUCUACGUCAACUAUCUCGCAUCCACCCACACGCCAGAAACAGCCAGAUGUCGUCCAAACAAGUCGAAUUCUCGGUCAUAGAACGGAAAAUACUACCACAUAUCCGCAACAUCAAACGCGUAAGCAAUCGCGAGAUUUAUUCCCGAUCCGACCGCACCCUCGCGAAGUUACAGACAGUCCAAUUGACUCCGACGCGACGUUAGUUGGUCAACCUUCAACGAUCAUGAGCUCUGUUCCAGUCCUUCCUCGACCUACUCGCGCAAUCUCUCCGCAUCUACAGCCUUCCCCUACAGCAGAAGAUGAAACUCAGCAAGGAAUGUCUGACGCUCUUCCAACUGCUACAUCUCCAUCGCCAGUGAAUCAAGAAGCGGAUUCACCACCAGUAGAGACAUCCGUGCCGCCAUCGCCAUCGCCGACUCCUUAUUUCCCAUCAGAGCCACCCGUCUUGGAACUCCCACCUCAAACAGAAGAGGAGGCCAUGGCAGAGCAAAUCAUAUCCUCAAUCGGAAAUGCCACACCAUCGCCCGUGAAGAAGCCGCAGCCGCGUCUCUCCCUCGUCGAACGCACUCGAAUGUCCAUGGCCCACACAAGCAGCUUCGCGCCCAUAGACGAGGACUCCGACAUGCUCUCCCCUAGCCUCCCGGAGCUCCCUCCCCCUCCAACCAUAGCGGAAGACCAAGAACCGACACUCAACAGACGGACCUCCCUCCUCGAUCGCACACGCCUAAGCAUGGCAGCCAUGUCUGCGCAUAGGCCCUCUGCCGAAGAGGAGAGGAAGAAAAAGAAGCGAGAGAGCUCCGCGAGGCAAUCCCUCUUCCCCGUGAAUCAGUUCGACACCCCGCGUAAUCGCCGUUCGUUCCAUGCCAUCGAGGAGGCGAAGAGUAGCGCCAGCGCCCACACACCCAAGGAAGACCUCUUCUCCGACGAGGUAGACUACGACCGUGUCUUUAGGAGUAGGCCGCGGGUUGCGCACAGCCCCAUUUUUUCGCCGGAGGAACGGGCGGCGGAGAGAACGGCCCAAGCGGAUGGCGAUGGUGAUUUCGAGAACGGCGAUGUUAGUGUGUUGGGGAUUGGUGGUGAAGACGACGAGGAAUUCGAUGAAGGGGUCACGGGAGUUGAUUUGGCAGAUGUAGAUCGCGAUAGUGAUGAAGAUGGGUUUACCCAGGCGUGGGACAACAGUCCACUGAGGAAAGCCGGUGUGGGCGCUAUGAGGCGUCAAGGCAAGCUGUUUGGGUAGUGUUGCCACGGGCCGAGUAGUGAGGCAGCAGAACAUUACGGAUGGCUUAUAAUGUCAAUAAUUAUCUCCAUUGCGUUGUUAGAAGU